ACACACAGAGACAGCAUUUUCAGCAGAACAUGGGGCUAAACUAUUGUAAUUAUUGUUUAUAGCCAGACAGUGCCCAUGUUAGAGAGGAAAAAUUUACUGACUCUUUGGGGAAGCAGUUGUAUAAUAAUUAGAUAACCCAACAGGGCACUGCUUCUCAGCUACCCUAAAAAGUUUCUCUUGCGAUCAGAGUUAAUGUUAACACAUUUUUGCAGUGAGUGAUCAGAUAAUUAGGGAUUUUUUUUUUCUUUUUUGGUAUCAUGUCUUUGAACUUUUAGUGAACUGAAAAGAAGGGAAUGGAUAUGUCUGAUCCAAAUAUUUGGACUGUCCUCUCAAACUAUACCUUGCCUCAUUUGAGGAGUGGAAACAGGCUACGUCGCACACAAAGUUGUCGGACAAGUAACCGAAAGAGCUUGAUAGGCAAUGGCCAGUCUUCAGCUCUGCCUCGGCCUCAUUCACCUCUUUCAGCUCAUGCAGGAAGCAGUCCUCAAGACAGCCCUAGAAAUUUCUCUCCCAGUGCCUCAGCCCAUUUUUCUUUUGCACGAAGGACUGAUGGACGCCGCUGGUCUUUGGCUUCUCUCCCCUCCUCUGGCUAUGGUACAAAUACACCCAGCUCGACGGUUUCUUCAUCCUGUUCCUCCCAAGAGAAGUUACACCAGUUACCAUACCAACCAACACCUGAUGAACUACAUUUUUUGUCUAAACAUUUCUGUACCACUGAAAGCAUUGCCAGUGAUAACAGAUGCAGGACCACACCAAUGCGCCCUCGAUCCAGAAGUCUCAGCCCUGGACGUUCUCCCGCCUGCUGUGACCAUGAAAUAAUUAUGAUGAACCAUGUCUACAAAGAAAGGUUCCCAAAGGCCACAGCUCAGAUGGAAGAACGGCUUCAGGAUAUUAUCACCAACCAUUCUCCUGAUAACGUUCUUCCCCUGGCAGAUGGAGUGCUCAGCUUUACCCACCAUCAGAUCAUUGAGCUGGCUCGAGAUUGCUUGGAUAAAUCCCAUCAGGGCCUCAUCACGUCACGAUACUUCUUUGAAUUACAGCACAAAUUAGACAAAUUGCUACAGGAGGGUCAAGAGCGAUCAGAAAGUGGAGAACUGGCAUUUAUUAAGCAACUAGUCCGAAAGAUCCUCAUAGUCAUUGCUCGUCCUGCUCGCUUAUUAGAAUGCCUGGAAUUUGAUCCUGAAGAAUUUUACUAUCUCUUGGAAGCUGCAGAAGGACAUGCUAAAGAGGGGCGCGUGAUUAAAACAGACAUCCCUAGAUAUAUUAUAAGCCAGCUGGGUCUGAAUAAGGAUCCUCUGGAAGAAAUAGCUCAGCUAGCUAACUAUGACAGUGGCACAGCAGAAACUCCAGAAACAGAUGAAUCAAACUCUAAUACAUCAGUGAAGCUCCGGAGGAAACCUCGUGAAAGCGAUUUUGAAACUAUUAAACUGAUUAGUAAUGGAGCUUAUGGUGCCGUUUAUUUUGUGCGACAUAAAGAAACCAGACAGAGAUUUGCCAUGAAGAAAAUUAACAAACAGAAUCUCAUCCUCCGAAACCAGAUUCAGCAGGCCUUUGUUGAGCGUGAUAUCCUGACAUUUGCAGAAAAUCCAUUUGUCGUCAGCAUGUACUGCUCCUUUGAAACUAGACGCCAUUUAUGUAUGGUCAUGGAGUAUGUGGAAGGUGGAGAUUGCGCUACUUUAAUGAAGAAUAUGGGUCCUUUACCUGUGGAUAUGGCAAGGAUGUAUUUUGCUGAGACUGUCCUAGCCUUGGAAUAUCUGCAUAAUUAUGGAAUCGUACACCGGGAUUUGAAGCCAGACAAUUUAUUAGUAACAUCCAUGGGACAUAUUAAGCUUACAGAUUUUGGGCUUUCUAAGGUGGGGCUAAUGAGCAUGACUACAAAUCUUUAUGAGGGUCAUAUUGAGAAGGAUGCUAGAGAGUUCCUUGACAAGCAGGUCUGUGGCACACCUGAAUAUAUAGCACCAGAAGUGAUAUUGAGGCAGGGUUAUGGCAAGCCAGUGGACUGGUGGGCCAUGGGAAUUAUCCUUUAUGAAUUUCUUGUUGGGUGUGUGCCAUUCUUUGGAGAUACACCAGAAGAGCUAUUUGGACAAGUGAUCAGUGAUGAGAUCAACUGGCCUGAGAAGGAUGAAGCCCCACCUCCAGAUGCCCAGGAUCUGAUUACUGUACUGCUCAGACAAAACCCUAUGGAGAGACUGGGAACAGGUGGCGCAUAUGAAGUAAAGCAACACCAGUUCUUUCGUAGCUUAGACUGGAAUAGUCUGCUGAGACAGAAAGCAGAAUUCAUUCCACAGCUGGAAUCUGAGGAUGACACAAGUUAUUUUGACACUCGUUCUGAGAAAUAUCACCAUAUGGAAACUGAAGAAGAGGAUGACACAAAUGAUGAAGACUUUAAUCUGGAAAUAAGGCAGUUUUCCUCAUGUUCACAUAGAUUUUCAAAAGUUUUUAGUAGCAUUGAUCGAAUAACUCGGAAUCAAGGUGAAGAAAAGGAAGAUACAGGAGACAAAACAAAAAAUGUGACGUUGCCAUCUGUGGAAUCUUUAAGCUGGAGUUCAGAAUAUUCUGAACUGCAACAGCUAUCUACAUCCAACUCCUCUGAUACGGAAAGUACCAGGCUGCGGCACAGUUCAGGUUUGCUUCCAAAAUUGGCCAUAUCAUCUGAGGGGGAUCAAGAUGAAAUCACCUGCACAGGAGGAUCCCGGGAGGAGCAAGAAAAGGCUGCUUCUUUAAAUGAGGAGGCUGCUCAAGAUGAGCUUGAGGUCACCACUCCAGCAAGUACCAUCAGCAGCUCAACACUAUCAGUUGGCAGUUUUUCAGAGCACUUAGAUCAGAUAAACGGAAGAAACGAGAGUGUGGACAGUACAGAUAAUUCCUCAAAGCCAUCCAGUGAACCUGCUUCUCAUAUGGCUCGUCAGCGAUUAGAAAGCACAGAGAAAAAGAAAAUAUCUGGAAAAGUCACAAAGUCCCUGUCUGCCAGUGCUCUGUCCCUCAUGAUUCCAGGAGAUGUGUUUGGUGUUUCUCCUUUGGGAAGUCCUAUGUCCCCACAUUCCCUUUCUUCAGAUCUUUCAUCCUCCAGAGAUUCCUCCCCUAGCCGCGAUUCCUCAAUUGCUUCUGCAACCCUUCAUCAACCUAUAUUAAUUCACAGUUCAGGAAAAAAGUAUGGCUUCACCAUCCGAGCAAUCAGGGUCUAUGUGGGUGACAGUGAUAUCUACACCGUGCACCAUAUUGUUUGGAAUGUCGAAGAAGGAAGCCCAGCUUAUCAAGCAGGCCUAAAGGCUGGGGAUCUGAUCACUCAUAUCAAUGGAGAGCCAGUUCAUGGUCUUGUUCACACUGAAGUCAUAGAGCUGUUGUUAAAGAGUGGAAACAAAGUGUCAAUUACUACAACCCCCUUCGAGAACACUUCAAUCAAAACAGGCCCAGCCAGGAGGAAUAGCUACAAGAGCCGAAUGGUUAGACGCAGUAAGAAAACCAAAAAGAAAGAGAGCCUAGAAAGGAGGAGGUCUCUCUUCAAAAAGCUAGCCAAGCAGCCCUCUCCCCUUCUUCACACGAGCCGAAGUUUCUCCUGCCUGAACCGAUCCCUUUCAUCAGGAGAGAGCUUGCCUGGCUCCCCAACUCACAGCUUGUCUCCCAGGUCUCCUACCCCAAGCUACCGCUCCACUCCUGAUUUCCCAUCCGGUACCAAUUCCUCCCAGAGCAGCUCCCCUAGCUCAAGUGCACCCAAUUCUCCAGCUGGCUCAGGUCACAUAAGACCCAGCACUCUUCACGGGUUGGGUCCAAAGCUUGGCGGACAAAGAUACCGGUCAGGAAGACGCAAGUCAGCUGGCAGCAUUCCUCUCUCCCCUUUGGCACGAACACCUUCUCCAACACCCCAGCCACCAUCCCCUCAACGAUCUCCAUCACCUUUACUGGGGCAUUCAAUUGGAAAUUCAAAAAUAGCUCAGGCAUUCCCUAACAAGAUGCACUCUCCUCCAACUAUUGUAAGACAUAUAGUGAGGCCAAAGAGUGCCGAGCCACCCAGGUCUCCACUGCUAAAGAGGGUCCAGUCUGAAGAGAAACUUGCACCUUCUUAUGGUUGUGACAAGAAACACUUAUGUUCACGCAAACACAGCCUGGAAGUGACUCAAGAAGAGGUGAAUAGGGAAUUGUCCCAAAGAGAAGUAACUCUUCAGAGCCUGGAGGAGAAUGUGUGUGAUGUGCCAUCACUCACCCGAGUCAGGCCUGCAGAGCAAGGCUGCCUGAAACGCCCUGUCUGCAGAAAGUUGGGUAGGCAAGAGUCUGUUGAUGAGCUGGAUCGGGAGAAAUUAAAGAUCAAGAUAGUUAUGAAAAAGCAAGAUCUUGCUGAGAAACAAGAUUGUCUGCAGAAAGCAAGCACUAUACAUGAGCCUAGUGAUGAAUCAGAAAAUCCUGCUACCUUAAGACUGGAAGAAAGAGACAAAAAAUCAUUUCAGAAGGCUUUGGAAAGAUCAAAUCACUUUGAAACUAAAAUUACUGCUCUGGAGACUCCGUCAGUAGGUGGCAUACUCAAAGACACCCUUCACAAGAAUGCAAACAUGAGACCAAAUGACUGUGUUCCCUUAGAUACACACAUGCCAUGUCAUGGGCCUCCUCUUAAUGAACUCAGUCAUCUCUCUUAUGACUUCAAAAGAAUUUCCCCUCCAUGUACAUUGCAAGAUGUGCUACCUCACUCAUCUGACAGGCUGCUAAAUGGAAAGGGAGAAAACACAGAUAAAAAUGCACCAACAAAAGAAUUUGUCAAAUUUGAAAGACUAGAUGGUAAGCUUGCAAAUAUUGAUUAUCUCAGAAAGAAAAUGUCCUUUGAAGAAAAAGAUGACAGUCUCUGUCCAGUGUUAAAGCCCAAACUGACAUCAAAUGUUCAUGAAUGCCUUCAACUUAAUGCAGUCAGACCCAUCAAUAUACAGCAGGAUUCCGCUACAGUUGCUGAUAGCAGAGCAUUUAUCAGUAGUGCACAUGCUGCUCAGAUUAGCUCAGUUUCUUUUGUUCCUCUCAAAGCCUUGAAUGGUCGAGUGGAAACUGGUGUGGAAAAAUCAGCCCUGAUUUCUACUGAGUCUCCUGUCAGAAAAAGUCCAUCGGAGUAUAAACUAGAAGGGAGAUCGGUUUCUUGUCUGAAACCAAUUGAAGGCACUUUAGACAUUGCCUUACUGUCUGGGCCACAGGCUUCAAAGACAGAACUGCCUUCAUGCCUGCUACCAGAAAGUCAAAACACCAGCAAUGAUGUGGGCUCUUCCAUGCCUCUGGCAUCUCAAUGCAAUGGUGUAAAGGAGGAGACAUCCUGUCAGAAAGAGGUGUUGUCACCCCAUUCAAAGUCUAGUAAAUCUAAUCUACUAGAGCCCCAAUUUUCACAGUCAAGCAAGAAUUUUCAAAAUGCACCAGCAACCCCCAUGACCACAGAACUAGAAACAGGAAAAAAGAUUUCCAGUCCAGGUGCUACAUACAACAUUUCUGUCAGGGAAGUUGAUCAAAAGAGAGAGGAUUCCCAUUCAAAACAGAAGGACCAUGCGACUGAAGCAAAAUUACACACUGUCCAAAAUCAGUGUCUCCACACUGCCCUGGCAUCUGCCACAUCUCCCACAGCCCAAGGCAACCCUGAAAAAACUGCAGGAAAAGAGAGGCAAACCCAAAAGGAGUUGCCUGUCAAGUACCCAGAAACACAAAGAAAUUACGAAUCUUUCCUUGCGAAGGCCGAGGGGAUCAGAAAUUCAUUUAUGAAGAAAUCUAUCCCAGAUGCUUUUAAAACAAGCGACUCCAAAACUAUUCAGAGAAACUCUGCUGACUUUGCCAUUCCCCUUCAAACACAUAGAACAACGAGCGUGCAGACAGCAGGCUCUAAGGUGGAGUCUAAAGAUGGCAAAGAUCUACCAAAACAAUUUGCCAAAGAUGACAUUGUCCCUGCUGGUUCUUCUGUAGAGAGGGACAUGAACAAGAGGGAGAUGAUGGACUCAAAGAGUGAAAUGUCUUUGCCCAAAAGGCCUGUACAACAAUCAGUAGAAUCUAAUACUAAAAGUGAGAAAUCACUUGUGUGUUCCUCUGUGCAGAAGGACAACUCCAAAGAUUUGAGAAAGAAAGAUCAGAAACAGUCUAGCAAUAUACAGCUUCAAACUACAGAGAGAGAGCUACCCAACCUGAUUAUUAGGCAGCAAUUUAGCUCUUCAGGUUCCCCUUCUGAGAGAGAGAUUGUAAACAGAAACUGUGUAAUAGAUGCUCCUGUGCAUUUAGGUGUUCAAGAGCAAGUCAAAGCUGGUUCAGCCUACAUGGAAAGCAGUAAUAAUAAAUCCAGGCAAAUAAAUGAAACUUGUUCCUCUAAAUCUAAGCACUCUGACAAAUUCACAUUUGCACAAAAGCAGUGCACUGCAAACAUAAAAGAAAAAGAAACAGUUAUUCAGCCCUCAGCUGGCUCUCGGAAAGAUGGGAAACAUGCCAAUAAAAGUGUGCAAGAUUCUCUUUCUUUUGUUCCAAUUUCUCAGAGAAAACUAAACAAUGAGUACGUUCAGGUAGAAAAGCCUCUGGGUCUGGAACGCGAGUCAGCACCUUCAAUCCAAAUCAAUAGCAGCAUUCCUGAAACCAAACCUAAAUCCUCUUGUAAUGGCCCGGCACCAGCAGGCCCAGAAAACUCCAAGCAUUUUCUAAGUCAGGAAACAGCAGGCUUCAGUGAGGCUGCUGAUCAAAAGCAACUCUAUGUAAGUGAAAAACAAAACAUGCCUCCAAAGUUUUCCACUGUGAAAGACUGUCUCUUAUUGAACAAACUGGCAGACAAGGGCCCAAGUAAUCAGGCCAUCACUGCAGACAAAAGACCUGAAGGACAAAAAUGCACUGAAGCACUUUAUGUUCAGAAUGACAAUGGGAAAUUGGAGCCCAGCCUUUUCCUUAACUGUGACCAGGGGAAAGUAGCAGAAAAGGCAGCCAUAGUUAGCAAAGGCUCUCCAGAUUCAAAAGGGAAGGGACAAGUUAGUCAAAAACAGUUAACAGAUGCGAACAAGCAGAUUACAGCAAAGCUUUUAUCAGCUGCCACUGUGCAGAGUUCAUGUCAUUCAGCUGUAACUCCAUCAAAGCAGCUGAAUUGUCCACCCAACUUCCCUGAAUGUAGGCAAGAAGCAUCUCGUUUGUCUUCAGCAAACAAUGAUGUGUCUUCAACCAAGGUUAAAACAGGCUCAUCAGAGCUUCCUGUCACCAGCUACAAGGAACUGAAAAAGCAAGCCACCUCUUCUACAGGGGAUGGUAAAAGAGAAAUCACUAAGAGCGUUUCACUGUUGACCUUGCAUAGCUCUGCUAUCCCAGUAGAAGCCCUUCAUCCUGCUUCAAACCUUGGGAGUAAACCUGGAAAUCAAGAAAAACCUCUUUCUGCUAACAACACUGUAGAUGUAAAGGGAAAAGAUCCCAUUCAAGCUCAGCCUCCUGCUGCAAAAAAACAGAAUGUAGGUAAAGAUUUACCCAGGUCAGUAACCACCCCUGACCGUCCUAAUGCACUUUCAUCUGAUAAAGACUCAGUGCGGCAGAGGCGAGGAAAGGAUGCUUCACGGAGCAGUCCUCACAAAAAGUCCUCUCAAUAGCAUUAACUUGACAGAUAUGACUUAGACUUUAGCUGAAAAUUGUUGAUGUGUCUUGACUACCUUCUGAAACCAGCACUGUGUGGUAUCUUUACAUGGCAAAGCUUUCAUGCCACUCCAGCAGGGGGCAGUGUGUACAAAGAGAGGACCUUUUUCAAAAUGCCUUCCCAAAUGUAACCGGUAAAACUGUUACCAUAGAGUAUUUGUAUAAAAUUACCUUUACAGUUGAGAGUUGUUGAGAAAAAGAUUUUCCCUGUAAAUAUCUCAUGACGUGUUUGGUUUUGAAUGUAGCAUAUAUACGUUGCUGCUGAUUGCAUUGUUUACUAUUACCUUUUUUUUUUUUUAAGAUAGUUGCUUUGCCACUUAUAUGCCAUAAUCAAAUAUGAAGCAGAAUUACUGAAACUCAGACCUAGGAUAAACAAUACAAAUAUGGUCUGAUUUAAAGGGAAAGAAAAUAAGCCACAUUUUUACUUGUUAAAAAUUCUAGAUAGUGUUAAAAACAAUAGAAAAAAUAUGGUGGCUUAUUGUAAGUUUUUAUGUAUAUUUUAAAUAACCAUAGAUUUUGAUAGUACUGUAUCUGGCUAACUGCUUCACCCAGAUCGAAUGUAAGACCUAACCGAAUCUCCGCAGUGCACAGGCUGCCUCUCAUUUAGAAUAGGUGUAGUUACAGUGAAGGGAAAAGCCUCCGUUAACACUACACCCAGUUGAGUAGCAUUAUCUGGUGAAACAGAUGUUCUCAUCUUGUCCUUAGGGAGGCUACCUGGGACCUUCACUUCAGACAAGGCUGAGACUGCAAGCACGUGUGCUUAGUUUCUGCUGCAAUCCUGUCUUGGUUCCCUUUUAGCUCUUUUAAAUUCAGGCCUUUAUAGAGGUGAGGCACAAGUAGAAGCAAAUGACUAGCAGUACUAUUCCCAUCCCUGUUUUUUAAUGAAUUUAAAGAAUAUCAAUUAUCAUGGUAUGUAGGUUAGAGUAACUAGCUUCAUGCAGUUUAGCUUUUUUCUCUUUUAUAUGACAAGUCUGGUAAAAAGGAAAAAAGUGAUUUCAGUAUCAUAUCUUCAGAAAAGAUCAGGACAUCUGAUACCUUUUAAUACAUAGCUGGGGCCUUAUGUUGUAGAGCAAACUUGCUGUUUUUAGCAAGUAAUCCCUGGGUUUCACAUUCAUUUCUAAAUGCAUUGAGUAGCUCCUGGCAUUUCAUAACAUGAUCUCUUUAUUUGUAUGCAAAAAAAAAAAAAAAAAAAAAGUAAAUACUGUAAUUUAAAAAAGCAGCAUUUUUGUAACAAAGGGACCUGUUGGAGCUAUUUGGUGCUAGAAUGUGACUGUCCUUAUUACUUUUGCUAAGCCUUAUUUAAAUUUUGUAUACUGUGGAACAUGUUGAAUUUGUCUGAUUGUUUUAGUGUGGAGGUAUUUGGUUUGUUUUGAAGGACAAAAGGUAAAGUUUGAAACAUGUACAGGAGCACUACAGAAAUAUCCACACAAAUGAGUAUUUUUAAAUUAUUAGUAUCAAUAAGAUGGUAUUUUUGCUUAUUUGUGUUAUAAAUAUCCAUAUAAGAGCCAAUGUACUAUCAGUUUCCUCUGGAAUUUCUUUGUUUCUAGAACUAUACCAUUUUUCUUCAAAGCACAGUGUAAUUUUGGCUUGGAGAUUUGUAAGGCACCUAGUAGUAUGCUAAUUUUUCCCCCCACUGCUUAGUUGGGUUUAGAUUCAUUUCAGUGAGUCUGUGAUUAAAAGAUAAAAUUGCCAACAAGUCCUCCUAAUUUUUCACAUUGCGCUAUUACAUUAAUUUCUUUUUCUAUGCGCUCACAUGAUACAACAAUUGGAGAAAAUAGUUUUGAAAAGUUUUGAAGAGAAAAUGGUUUCAGCAUUAACAGUAUAUAUCUGUGCUUUGGCAGUUGUUCUAACCAAACACUAAUGCACUUAGGUAUCAUGACAUUUCUGGCUGGGAGGUAUUUCCUAGUUUACAGUCUUUUGCAUUUUUAAACUGUCCUCUUGUUUCCUUUAAAACAUAUCUAGCUAUUUGUUUACAAAUGUAUCUUUUAUGUAUAUUUUGUAUAGUGCAUUAUCACUUCUGCCAAAUAAGGGUUGUUGGUUUUUUGUUUGUUUGGGGGUUUGAUUUUUUUUUUUUGUUUUUUUUUUUUUUGCAUUUUGGAAGCGUAACAGUGCUUAAGCUCGUGUUCAUGUAGUACCUGUUUGUUGGUGUUUACCUUACCCGUGAGCUGUUAGAGAUCCUUUCAUCUGUACUUGAUGGUCUAUCUUUGUGUGAUUGUUGAUUAUGACGUGCUCCUUUGUAGACUUCCUGCUGUAGAUUUAUCAGCUUACAAAACCUGUUUGUUAGGGUCUGUGCAAUAAAGUGUUUGCAGUCUUAUUUUCUUUAAGAAACUCCCUAUGGAUGUCAUAAUUGUUGUAUACUGAACAAAAAUAUUUAUACUUAUGCAGUUGCAUACAACUGAAAUAAAAAUUGAGCAUGAAAAGAUA